AUAACAACAUGGCAUUUUUCUUCAAUAUUACGCUGGCACUACACUGGGAUGAAAGUGGAACAGUGCCUGAUUCCAUGGGAUGACAGGCCCCUUAGUUAGAGUUAUUUUACCAUCGAGGUCAAGUGUCGCUAUUAGUCUACUGGUUUCUAUAUUGGAGAUGGAAUCCGUGUUUCUAAUAGGGUUCCACAUGAGAAAGGGUAGACGGGCUAGAGAUCUUGGGGAUAGGCCGUUGCUAAGGGUUUGGUGCUCAGGUUCCAUCCACCAUCAGUGGACUAGCUGUAGUAAAUGUAACGAAACCUCUAAUAGUCUAGCUGCGUAAACCACUAAAGAGUCUGUAAGGGUUUGUGCUAGUAAGUAAGUCCUGCUGCGGAGUCCUCAAGCAAUAAUAUCGGGGUUUGACGUAUGGAGUAUAGGGCUCUGGGUAACUGA